AUGGAAGACAACCACAUAUAUCAGUAUUCGCUGCUGAAUGCUUUGAUGGAUGGAGUCUCCGAGUCUGGAAUUACAGCAUCGAAAUUAGCAAGCAAAGGCAAUCAAGGUCUCGGAACUUUCGCUCGUAUGAAUGGCGAGUUGGUUCUCAUUGACGGCAAGGUCUAUCAACUACAAGCAGAAGGCAAAGUCCGUGAGGCCGAUGCUUCCGACCGAAUUCCAUUCGCCGUCAGCACCCAGUUUGUGCCACAAAAGACGGCGCAAGUAGGGUUCAAGAAUAAAGACGACAUUGACAGAGCACUUGACGAGUUCAAAGACCAUGCCAAAAAUCUCUUCAUGACAUAUCGGAUCAACGGACAUUUCGAGUAUCUGAAAUGUCGCACGGUCCGGGGUCAAGAGUAUAAAGGCCAGCCGCUAUCAGAACUCGGCAAGAAGCAGUCCGUAGAGACUUAUGAGAAAGUCAAUGGCUCCAUCAUUGGUUUCCGUACGCCCAAAAAUUGGCAAGGCUUCGGUGUGGCAGGAGAACAUUUGCACUUCAUUCAGGACGAUCGAGCUGCUGGUGGUCAUGUCCUCGAGCUUCGAGCAAGCCAAGUCGAAAUUCAAAUGGCCGUCGCGUCGAACGUACAUGUAGAAUUGCCAACUUCGGAUGACUUCAACGCCGCAACGCUUGUGACGGAUGACGAAGGUGUCAAAUCGGUCGAAGGAUGA